GUUGGAUUGCCAGGUUGGUGCCGGGUAUAUGAACAUACAUUUCAAUAUAUACAUAUACCGAUCCUACAUGGUCACAUGCUAAUCAAUAAUAAUCAUAUAUUCCAUGAAUAGCCAAUUUAUAAUUAAUAAUUAAUUACUUUAAUUAAUUUCCAAAUCCAUAUAAUUAUAACCAGCAUAUCUAUAAAAAGGACACCCCAAAUUCAACAUUCUCCAUCGAGUGAUCAUAAUAACUCUAUACUACUUCUCUUCAUCUCUCUCUCUAAUAUGGGUUUUACUCAAGUUUCGACUGCCCUCCUCCUAUUGCUAAACUUGGUGUUCUUCACCAUGGUUAGCUCUACCUAUGUCCCUUGCCCACCAUCAGGUCAGAAUAAACACUAUCCAAAGAGCCCAGCAACAACAACACCGGCUGUCCCUAGCUACAAGACCAAGUGUCCUUUGGACACACUUAAGCUAGGAGUGUGUGCAAACUUGUUGAAUGAUUUGGUUCACCUUGUUGUUGGGACACCACCCAAGACCCCUUGCUGCCCACUCAUCAAUGGCCUGGUCGAUCUAGAAGCUGCUGUAUGUCUUUGCACUGCUCUUAAAGCUAAUGUGUUGGGCAUCAACCUUAAUGUUCCUAUUUCAUUGAGCUUGCUUCUUAAUUACUGCGGCAAAGGUGUUCCUUCCGGCUUCCAGUGUCCUAAUUAAUCAAGCCUCUUGUUUUGGGGAAGGCUUUGUGUGUUUUAUUAUAUUUUUUUUCUUUUAAAUUCCUAUUUUGUUUUCUGUUUUGGGCUGAUAUAUAUGAUCAUCCUGCUUAUUAUGUAUUGUUGUGUAUGGCUUCAUCAUCAAUAUGUAUGACAUAUUAUUAAUAAAUUCCUUUUAAAUAAUAUAGUUCAUAUUGUUGUUUUUUUCCAUUACACGUAUUGUGGUACCCUACACAAUACACAUAUAUGUGUACAUAUAAGAGAACAUAUUCAUCAUACGAGA